AUGACAAUUUUAUUUCAGGGUACAAAGAAUCGUUCACAAACAGAUCUUGAAUUGGAAGUAGAAAACAUGGGAGCUCAUCUGAAUGCUUACACGUCACGUGAACAGACUGUUUACUAUGCUAAGGUCUUCAGCAAGGACAUUCCAAAAGGUAAAAAGUUUCAAGAGGCUGCAAGUUUUUUGAAGAACAUUUUCAGGCCAGAUUGUGCCCUUGUCUCCAUGCAUGUGGGGAUGCAAGGCUUUUAUUUGCUAUUUUUCUUCUUGAGUGGUAAUUUUAAUGCCAAUAACGUAUAUAUGUGUACUUGAAAAAAAAGGGAAAAGUGACCCUCUGUUCACAAGGGCCUUUUCAAUUCAUGCUCUCAGUUCUUAGAGCCUUGGUGCUACGUGCUACAGAUGCUACAUGCAAUGCAGUGUAAUUAAUUAAAUUAAUGUUGUGGAAUAUUACAGCUGUUGACAUCCUAGCAGACAUCAUUCAGAACUCACUUCUUGGUGAGGCUGAGAUUGAGCGAGAGCGGGGUGUGAUCCUUCGUGAAAUGCAAGAAGUUGAUACGCAGCUAGAGGAAGUUGUGUUUGAUCAUCUUCAUGCCACAGCAUACCAGGGGACCCCGCUCGGUAGAACCAUUCUUGGUCCUACCCAUGUCAAAUAA